GCUAUGGUGACAAAGACGCCCGCAUGACAGCCGCCAUCACUUCCAGCAUUUGGUUGUCGUAUGAAAAGUACGGCAAAACAGCGCUCAAUGAGGACAGACUCACAUCCGUUAUGUUCGAGUGUCAGGAGGGCAAUGUGGUGGCGGCCAAUGUGGCCAACGUCUUGCUCUGUCUGUUGGCCCGAAAGUCUGUGCCGUUGGGUAUGCUUCAGAUGAAGAUCAAGUCACUGACCGAUCACUUGGAGGAACCACUCAAUCAGGUGUCCGCCUCUUAAAGCGCCGACACUUAAAGCGCCGACACUUAAAGCGCCAACACUUUUAUUGUUUUUUGUAAUUUAAUUAUAUAUUGAAUACAAGUUUUAUUUAUAACUAUAUUUUUUGUCACAAAAAUCACUUUUUAUUAUAUAUACGAGCGUUUCGUUUGUUGAAUAAAUUGUCUUUUAAUUUAA